AUGUCAAAAUAUGUUAUUUAAAAAUUAAAAUCCAUUUAUAUUUAUUUAAAUUUUGAAAACAUUUUGUAGUUAAUAUACUAGAUAAUUAAUUAUUGUUGAAUGUUGAUGAGCUGAAAGGGCCCCACCUAAAAUUACAAAUCAAAGUAAAUAGUUCCAAAGUACCUAUACGAACAUUUUAUAGUUCUCCAGCAAGUAGGUACUUGAUGAAUUAAAAUGAGUGCAAAGAAGUUUGAAGACUUGUUAGAGCCUCGCAGGCGAGAGUUAAGCAAUUAUUUCUACAUAAAUCGCGCCCUAAAUCCACAAGUAGCUGUUCAAAUAAGUCCCAGGCCUUCGCCCCAAUCCCAUCAAGAGGCUGUGCUGAAUAGUAAGAAGAUAUCUGAACUUGUUACAGAGAUAAGCCAAAAGCAGAAUGUUAAAAGAGAGGAAAUUGUAAAACAAUUGAGACUGAUUCUAGAAGAAAUUGGAUACAAAAAGAAUCUUCAAGUUAUUAGAUAUUUGGGUUACUUGUUAACCAAGAUAUUUUUAAAAGUUUCUACAGGAGUUUAUGUGAAUCAUCAAGGGAUAAGUCAAAUUAAAUCCCAAAUGGGCAAAUGCCCUGUGGUAUUCGUUCCCACUCACCGCAGCUAUGCAGAUUUCAUCGUUUUUUCCUACGUUAUGUUUGCCUAUGACAUUGAAAUACCCGCAAUCGCUGCAGGAAUGGAUUUUCAAGGCAUGAUGGGUAUGGGUGAAAUGCUCCGGAACACUGGAGCUUUUUUCAUGAGACGCUCAUAUAACGACGACAGUCUCUAUUGGUCAGCUUUCAAGGAAUACGUUAACCAACUGGUCAGCAAGGGGGAUCUGCCUUUGGAAUUUUUUAUUGAGGGUACCAGGAGCCGGAGCAAUAAGAGUAUUGUACCGAAAUAUGGGCUAUUCAAUAUGAUUCUGAAAUCAUUCUUCCUAUCCCAAGUUCCUGACAUUCUCUUCGUGCCUGUCAACGUAAGCUAUGACAGAAUUUUAGAAGAAAGCCUUUUUGCCUUUGAGCUACUUGGAAUACCGAAACCCAAAGAAAGUACAUCUGGCUUCUUCAAAUCACUAACCAUCCUCAAAGAGAGUUUUGGUAAUAUUUACUUCAAUUUUGGCGAGCCAAUAUCAACGAGAUCGUUUUUCCAACACAAAUCCCAGCAUAGUUUUGGGUCGAUUCAUUUACACGAAACAAGUGAAGAAGAGAAAAAAUUAAUUCCGCCUUUGGCUUAUGAAAUUAUCCGUCGACAACAACUAUGCACCGUUGUCACUUACACAAACCUUAUUUCCCUUAUUUUGAGCAAGAAUUUAACUAGAGGCCAACAGUAUACUGGAUUUGAACAGCUCGGGGUUGAAAUAGGAAUGUGGAAGCAAAUUUUGCAAAGUUGGGGCGCAACUAUAUUUGAAAAAGAUGUUGGUGAAGCUAUAAGAGAGUGUUUGAAGGUGCAACAGAAAUUAUUGCAUUGUGACGAAAAUGGAAAUAUUGGUUUAGUGACUAAUAAAAUUUCAGUGGGCAAACUUAAUCCUAGUAAAUUAAAAGCCCAUGUACUGUCUGAGGAUACCAUAAGCUAUUCAGUGCCAUUUAUAAUGUUACAGUUGUAUGCUAAUCCGAUUUUGCAUUAUUUUGUUGAUGCAGCUUUGAUUGUGAUUGUAUUGAGAAGUUUUGGGAAAAUGAUUAAAGAUGAGCUAUUCAAGCAUUACUGCACUCUUCGAGCCAUUUUUUCCUAUGAAUUUGUCUUGUUGGAAAGUUGGUUCAAAAUGCGUUUUGAAGAUGCUUUACUGAAACUGAAGCAGGAAAAAAUAAUUUCCCUUCAUCAAAACGGACUAUAUUAUGAUGUAUUUGAAAAUAAGUAUUUUGAAGAAGUAUUAAUCAGUAGCGUGCAACCGUUUCUUUUGAGUUAUUAUGUUGUUACAGUGGUCUUGGAGACUGUUUCUGAAAUGGUUGAUGAAAAAACCAUAUUAGUUAACGUACAAAGUGUAUUAGAAAAUGCCUUAAGGGAAAACAAAAUAUUUAUUCACCCUUAUUGCUUGACUUUAGAUACUUUGGGAAAUUGUCUUAUGAGUUUAGCCAAAAAUAAUAUUGUAAAGAAAACUAGAAGGAAUAAUAUUAAUGUUUAUGACGUUAACAGAGAAGCUGUUAGGAAGCUUAAAGCUAAUUUAGAAAUAUACAUUCCUGCUUUUCACGUUAUAAAGAGUUUUGAUAUGUUUUUACAUUUGAAAAGUAAGAUUUAAGUGAUUUGCUCAUUUUGUUUUAUUUGUGUUUGUUAUUUUUUCAAAUUUGUUGUUUGUCAUUAUUUUAACAUUUUAUAAAACUUUUUUGUUUGAUUAAAUUUUUAAACUGUUUUAUGUGUAGAAAAUUUGUUCCAUAAAAUAUUCCUAAAAGACUGAAUAAAUGGUAUUGUUAUUUUA